AUGUCCCAUCGUAAGCUCGCGCUCGAAGCAGCAGGCGGACCCCUCCCUGACCUCGGCGCGUAUAUUCUCCUCCCAGCUAUUCCUGCGCUCUACAAGAAUCCUGCCAACGAGGGGGCCAAACCUUCAGCCAUCGGAGUCGCCAUGAUGAAAUCCUCUGUCGGCGUCUACCUCACGACUACCAUUACAGAAGAUUAG